AACAUUAUAUAUGCAAUAUCAUAAAAAGAGAAUCGAAUAUCAAAGAUCCAAAUGACGUAUGUAAUGAUCAUGCAGCAAUAUAUAGACGUCAGAAUAUCUAAUACUCAAAUGCUCAAACCGUCAACAAAGUCGUUUUGUAACAAGAAGUGAAGAACAUUGGAAACAGAGAUAUCAGGGGAAAGGAUUGUGACUAGUUGAUUCUCAGAUGUUACAACAGGUGGACAGUGAAAUACUUGAUCGUUGGCAUAAUUACUAGCCUCAGAGGGUGAAACUCUGAAAUAAACUAGAAGUGUUUUUGGUGAGAUAAAUCGUUGCCGAACAACCUUUUGUCAAACAGAAUAUCGCCAACUGGGAAAUAAAAGAGAAGAGUUCUUGUGUUCCUGACGAUGACUCGACAAGUAAAGGCAAAGAGAGACGAAAUUCGUCAUAAAAAAUAUCGUGGUUUGUUAGCACAAUUUAUCAUUUUCUUAAUCCUAAGAUCAAUCGAUAUUGCUGCCUCCGUUGCUGUGUUAAGGAAUGCUUGGACCCAUUCCGCUGACUGGGCGAACGUAAAUUAUACGCUCCUUGAUCCUGAAAAAAACACGAAUUUGAACCUACCAACGGUUAAAACCUGCAGUGUACACCAACAAAGUUCCAACCUAACAACAGCUGUCGCUGGGAGAAACAAAAAUCGACGUUCUAUCCUUGAAAAUCCCAAUGUGCCUAGCAGUUUACCUUCACAUAUCGGAGGAAAAUCUCUUCACGACCAAAUUCGAAAUCCUCCUUCUCGGAACUCGAAUCAGCAGAAUUUGCACCCUCGGCGAAAAAACCCUCUUCUGAAAUCGGUCGAUCAUCGAAAUACAAACCCUACGAUAUUUGAGCCUCGAAAAGACGUCAUCCGAAAAAAGGUUUCUUGGGAAAUCGAUCCUGUAAAAAGAAUGCCCCGGGGAAAUGAACAUCGAGCUAUCAAACGUCGUAGUGUCGAUUUUAAGGACAACAUCGACACAAUAUCAGAAUGCGAAGAAGUCGGGGCAUGGAGCAGUGACGCUGUAUCCAAAAAGAUCUCGGAAUAUAAAUCCAUCUUUGGUUUAACAGCAUUCUUUAAUGCAGUCUCAUUCGUUGCCUUUCUUACCCACCUUGCUUUCUGGAUAGCAUCAUUAAGAUUUGCGUUUCAAGAAGGACUAGACUCGACUACCCGCAUUACCCGCCUAACCCGCAACAGCCUGCUUUCGUUGAUGACGGCGAUUUUUCGCGAUGUUCCGCUGUCUUGUUUGAACUUGGAACUUCUCGUGUUGCGCUCGGGCAGCAAAGGUCUCGCGUGUGUUGCGUGUAUAUUCGCGGGCAAAUGCAGGCAGGAGGAUUACGUUGAAGAUUCCCUAAAUUUGGGAAGAACACUACUAUAUUUUUACUACACUGUAAUGCUGAUCAAUUCGUUCUGGAAAGGAGUCUCUGGUUUUUAUCGUUUGAGUCGGUUCAAAGAUUUCAACUUGUACUAUAUUCGUGCAAGCGCGUCUAUAGUCUUUGGUCUGAUCUACUGCGUUGUGACCUUUACACCAGCCAUGUUUGUUUUGAUUUAUAGGUAUUUCCCAAUAGCAGGACAAGGCCUGUCAUUUUUGCAUGAUUUGACUUCAAGGCUUGUGGUCGUCGGAGCCACGGUAUGGGUAAUAUUUGCGUCAGUGGCUAUAUGUUGUCCUAUACUUUAUCUUAUGCGACUGAAUGUGGACUAGACGUCUACACUUUUUAAAGGUGACUGUGAGUAGGCGACCAGAUAGUACAGAAAGGACUGGGAAUAGUUAUCUGAAUAAAAAUCAGUUUUCA